AUGGAAGAAGAAAUUCCAACUAGCUAUACAAGUAUGGAGAUGGAUGGUAAUACUUGUGAGAAAGAAGUUGAUAAUACAAUCAAUGUAGAAGAAAAAUUAGAAGAGCCAAAAUUGGGAAUGGUGUUUAAUACAGUUGACGACAUAAUGGAGUACUACAUAGAUUCUAACAUGGUCCAAGGCAACAAAAUUGGUAACGAUGAUGAUGCAUUAAGUACGAAAGUUGUUGACAUAGUUGAGAAUCAACAAAGUAUUGCAUUAAAGUCUAAGAGAACCAAAAGACAAAGAGAUGGUGCCCAGAGAGCUAGCCCAGGGAAAAGCAACUUCGAAAAGAGCAAGGUCCAUAGUGCAAUCGGUGAGACCAAGGGAGGCCAAGAGGGUAGUGCCCACAGGGCUAUUGACAACGCCUCUGGGUGUAUGGGCAACGCCUAUGGCACUGAAGCUACUACUAAUGUGGGCUGGAACAGGAGUGAGCCAGGCUAUGGGGUAAGACUCAGACAACACCAAAAGUGGAGGGGCCAAUAG